GAUGUUUCCUCAGUCUGUGCCGUGGUGUAGGGGCUGUUCCCUCAGCAGAUCCCAGCUCAGUCCGUCCAGAGCAGCGGCGGGGAUGAGCGCUGGGGACUAGGUGCCAAAGCAACAACGCAUUUCACAGUGAUGGCCUCAGCUGCGCAGCUGUGCCGGUGAUCCUGCCGCUGCAUGUAGGGAAGAAGCAGAGACGCCUUGACAACCGACCCACCUUUCUCUCUCUCUCAAAAAAAGAAAAGGCUGGGAGAGGGAAAAAAGAAAACACACCAGCAUAAACAAAUGCGACCAUGUACAGCGUGGAGGACCUCCUCAUCUCUCAUGGAUACAAGCUGCCCAAGCAUAGCACCCCUUCCUCUACCCCUACCCCAGCCCCCGCGUCAACGUCCCACCAGGCUCCCUCGUCCUCACCUCCGUCCUACAGCAAACACCAUGAAAUCCUAGAGAACAGGCCCGGCCCCAAGGCAGUAAAUGGCUAUGAAAGAGGGCCUGGGAUGCCCUUUGGAAACGGAGGCGGAACCAGGCCGCCCCAAGCGUACGCCAGCGGCUGUCCCAACAACAACAAUGAACCUAGGGACAGAGGCCUGUCGAGGCGGGAGGGCGAGGGCCGGAGCCAAAUGGACACCCACUCCUUGGGGGAGUCGCUGACCUCAGACAGCGGGUUCUGUGAUGGCACCAGAGGUCCUCAGGCACAGUCCAAGGAUGUGUCCUACUGGAGGAGGAGAGGCCAGGACUUCACUGUACUACUGGACUAUGCAGACCCCCAUGGGGGGGGCCAGGGGGGUUGCAGCAGGCCGGAGGGGUCUCAGCAAGCAAGAGGCCAAGAGAUUUCUGCAGAGGAGCGUCAGAGAGCAGCUCAGGAGAGGCAGCGCUGGGCGGCCCAGACCCAGGCUCAGGUGCAGGCUCAUGCCCAGGUCCAGGCUCAGUCUCGCUCUAGAGAGAGGGAAGCUGCUCUCCAUCAGUGGAGGAUGGCGAAUGAGAGGAAGUGUCAGAGCCUGGGGACAGAUGAGUGGCGUCCAGCCGUGAGCUUUAGUCGCCAGCUGUCCCAGAGUGAGGGUGAGCGUUGGGCACAUGAGCAGCAGCGACUCCAUGCCAGGACACCAGAGGGUAUGGUUGUCCAUCCAAGGACCAAAGCCAAAUCCCAGUCCCUGCCUAGGAUGCUGCAGCCUGAGAGCCUGCAAUUCGUGGACAUAGACCCGUCCAGUCUGGAACUGUACAGACGGGUCAAUGGCCACCCGCUAUCACAACAUGACUUUUACAGAGCACCCCGCUGGCCGGAGAAUGGCAGGCCGGCUAGCGCAAACCAACUCUCAAUGACACCAAAGCCCCGCUUCACGAGACCCCCCAGACCUCCCUCUUAUGAGAUGCACCAGCAGAUCAGGGGAAGCUGUGAGAUGUUGUCUGGGAGAGACUCAGUGAUUUCCCAUGCCAGGGACAGAACGCCACUUCCAAUACAAAGGAUAGAUGACCCUCAACUGGACUUUUAUGGACAGGACUCUGAACCUCCGGGAUACAUCGCUCCCCCAUCUUACAGAAGAGCUCCUUUGAUGGCAGGGGCGUGUCGGGGAUAUGGUGAAAUUGCUGUUGACUACAGGUACAGAGGGGAUGUGUACCAGCAGAUACAAGUGGCUCCAGAUGGUUCUCACUGGUUCAGACAUCCAGCUGGUUCCUGGCCUGAUCACCAGAGAGAAAGGAUAAUGUCUAGCCAGAAGCAGCUUUACCCCAUGUAUAUGACCCAACAGCGGCCUGGUGGAGCGAUUCAAUACAUCCCCUUUGAUGACCCCCGCAUCCGCCAUAUUUCCUCAGCCCUGGGUGGCAACUCCCUGACGGACGCUGACAAGAUCCGGCACAUCCGCAACGAGCUUCCCAGCGUCACCGUGUCGGAGCCUGCAUCCAGCGACAGUGCCUUUUUGCCCCCGCCAUUGGGGCCUUUCAUCUCAGCCAAACUGGCCGAUGAUGCCAACCCAACGUCUUCUAGGGACAAUGACAAUAACAGGUGGCACAGUGAUUUGCACAAAGAGGCGGUUGAUAACUUCCCAGCAACGGACCAAAACUGCAACAACAGAUACCCCAAAAACCCACGUCCUCCUCCAUCUCCCUCUUCAGCCUUCCAGGCCCCAUUAUCAAGAAGUUCUUCUCGACAGGGGUCCAGCUCAGAUAAGGUCUUUGCAGAAACCAUCACCCAAGUAAAAAAAAUUGUCCCAGAUACACGGCCAGAGAACACAAAGAGAAGAGUAAGUGAGACCAUCUUCUGCCUUGUGUCUGUCCCUGUUCACACACCGACUAACAUUAGCAAAGACUUACCAGCAGACCAGAACAAUAAUGAGACAAUACCAAGCCUGACUGUCAGCAACAAAGAUAUAUUCGCUGUAGGACUCAAAGAGAGCCCCAAUGUGCGGAGCAAGUCAGUGAAUGAAAUGCCCAUAACACCCCACUACUCUCACUUUCACACCAGCAGCACUUUCUCAAUGAGGAACUACAAGAGGGCUCCUCUAAGGAAGGAGAUAAUAGAUGCCUGGGCUCUCCAAGCCAGUCAAGAUAAAGAGUUGUGCUACUCUGGGUCCUGGCCUGGAAACCAGUACCGUAACCAGGAAACUCAGACUGGCUCACCUUUGACAGUAGUAAAAAGUCCAGAACCCAAAAGUCCUCCUGGGGCUCAAGAGCCUGUUCAGUCUGCCUCAGACACAACUAUUGACAGAGGUCUAGGAACAGACGGUAGUUCUGCUUAUGGUUACCCCAUGGCAGGCCAGAAAAACCUACAUCCCUCUAGUAACAGCGCCUUCUCCCGUCUCAGCCUCAGUCCAACACAGCAGACAUACCUUGAACCCUCACGAGACCCUCUACCACAAACAAAGGCCCAGGAUCAGGCAUCUUCCCCGAAGAAGAGCACCUCCAGUCCCCUGGAGGAUGACGAGCAAGUGACCUUUGGUCAGUUUCUCUUAAAGCCAGUGAAUCGACGACCCUGUGAUGCCAUUGAUGAACUGGAGACCAUUAAUAAGGAGAUGGAAAAAACAAUCAGCAAGAGACCCAAUAUGGGUCAGUGCAUUGACGAUCUAGAUGGGUUGAAUAAGAUGUUAGACCUAAAUUCAGGAGCACAUUUCACUGCUGGUCCAGAAUCAGUUAGGGAAGCAAUCAGUUUUCCAAUAAUGCACACAGAAAAACCCAGUAUAAAAGUCAGAUCAAAGUCCUUGGCUUCCACCCCUGAUUCGGACUCACUGGACUUAAAGAGUGUUUUCUUCAGGCCACAGGCCAACCACAUACCACCAACAAAUGAGCUAUCCAUAUUCUCCAACCCUGACCCCAAAGACAGUUGUCUCAAACCCUCACUACCAAAACACAAUGAUUCAAGCCGGCUCUAUAGACAGGAUAUCCCAGUCCCUCGAGAGUCCUUGCUGAGGGAUGUGGGAUUAACCGUCUACACAGAGACUCCUGGGGGUCCUGGGGAGCCAAUGCAGCGCUCACUCUCAGUCCCAUCUCCACUUGGUCAUAAGGAGCUUAGUCAAUCAAUGCAGCUCCCAUUGGAGAGCAGGACAGCACUUGUUAAAAAUAGCGUUAGCCCUGAGCACAAAUCAAAUAAAGAACUUCAAGCUAAGGUAAAAAUUGAGAGAAAGGUGAAAUCACCACCAUUCAGGGGCGAGGUGAAUUUAGGCAUCUAUAGAACCAGGAGUGAAAGCAGUGCAUCAGCACAUAAAGAGGGUUCAUCAUAUAUCAACAGGCUGAACAGGGAAGUUUCUUUUCUGUUAAGGGAUGAUGCUGUCAUUGGUAGAAAUGCCCUCUCUGAGCCUCUGAACUACAAGAAUGAGUCAACAAUAGCAGAUAAGCACCUUGAGAACUUACUGAAUCAGGAGAAGGCCAAUUCUUUACCUGCCGAAGACCUCAGCAAGCUCUAUGAGGUGAAAUUUGGAGAAGGCAUCCCUGAAAAUGAGUCCAUCGAGCAGAGGGCUGCCAGAAUCCUGGGUAUAGCAGUCCCUGUGGAGGCCUUGGGUGUGGCUGACAAACUUUUAGAGGACAACUCUAAUGAUAUGGGUACCACUGUCAUUGAGAAACUACAAAGCCAAAGCGAAGAGCCACAGCAGUUGAUAGCAGAGUAUGAGCAAGUCAAAGAUGAACCUGUGAUUGCUCAGGGAGCAAAGCAUGAGCAGGUCCAAGAUGAGCCCCUGAUCUUCCAGGAAGCAGAGCAUGAGCAAGUCAAAGAUGAGCCCAUUAUUGUCCAGGGAGCAGAGCAUGAGCAAGUCAAAGAUGAGCCCAUAAUUGUCCAGGGAGCAGAGCAUGAGCAAGUCCAAGAUGAGCCCCUUACUGCUCAGGGAGCAAAGGCAGAGGAGGUCGAGGGGAGAGGUUCAGAAGUGGACCUCCAAGAAGGAUACAGACAAAACCACAGCAGCAACCACAGUGAUGGUGAAGACAACCAGGAUACUGGGAUUCAGUCUCUGGUGGUACUGGACCUGCCCGAGUUUCCACCUAAUAAGCUUCCCCUCUCCCUUCCCGUAACAUCUGAUGACAAGCUAACUCUUAGCAUUUGCAGUGUAGAGAGGAAAGGGCGAGGUGGGACAUGCAAACUAAUCGAAUCCAUACACGAUAAGCUUAAUUAUUCCGCUUCUUCUACAUCUUUGCACAUGUCAACUCCAGAAAGAAGGGCCCGCCUGAAAGAGCUGGACUCAGUAUCUCGAAUAAGACGCCUCAGCCUCAAAGGUUCGGAGUCUGGGGAAGAAAUGUAUUCUAAAGAAAUGGAUGGUGACAGAGAGGAGAAUGAAGUCCAGGAAGUGCCAAAGGAGCAAGUUGUAGGCAAACAAGCAGAGGAAGAGGAUACAAAGCUUAAGGAAGAAGCAGGGAAUGUGGAGGAGAACCCAGAUGAACAUGAGAAUGCACAUAAAACACAUGAAAAGUUGGGAGAUCCUGAAGAAGAUUGUAAACCUAAAGAAGAAGCAAAUGGAGGGACAUGUCAGGAAGAGCAAAGACAAGAAGAAAAGACAGAAGAGAUGAAUGUUGAGAUUGCACUAAAACUAGAAAAUGAAGGGAGUGAAGAAGUACAUGUUGAAUUAAAAACAGUAGAGCCAGGAGAGAAGAUGGAGCUUAAAAUGGUUGAGGAUUGCAAAGAAAAGCCUUUGGAAAAGGUGAGAGAGUGUCAGAAUACAGCAGAGGGCAGAAGAGCUGAGGCAACACAGGGCACUAAGGUGAAAAAGGUGCCCAAACCAAAGCAGCGCACAAAGCUGCAGAAGCCUCCUCUGCUUCCUAAACCUCGCAGUGUUCCCAAGAGAGAAAUAACACUGCCUGUCAGCUUCAGCACUGUGACCCGUGGCCCCUCAAAUAUGGAGGAUGAGGAGAAGCACUCUGUCUCAGACUCCUACGACCCCAGUCGAGUGGAGAGAGUGUAACCUCUGACACUGCCUUCACAACAGUGGAAAUCUGUAUUUCUGAAGUUAACAGCUUUUCCCAACAACAAAGGCUUUCAUCACACCUCACGGCUUAGUGAGCUGUAACCCCUUCAAUAUUGUUACGCAUUACUUCUCAAAGAACUGACUGUCCUGGUGCUGCGAGAGCAUUUCUUUACAGCCAAAUGAAAAGGCAUUGUCGGUGCCAAUUCUUCGGGCCUUUUCAACCUCGACAUCCUCAUCCUUCCAUUUUCUCCACCUCUCCAAAAGUUUAUUUGCUCAAGCAAGCAUACUUCCUGCUUUUGAAGUUGUCUUAUUUUGCUUUUGGAAAAUGCAUGUCAUUAUUCCCGUCUGCACUUUGGCUCCUUCUCGAGCUUGGGUGUUGAAAUAUGAAUGUAAAAGUGUUUCUACUCAACAUACAAAAGAAAUGUAACAGAAAAAAAACAGGAAGGCAACAGUAUUGCAUUACAAUCAGUAUUAACCUACACCAAAUGUAAAUAAGAAAGAGUUUUAAGAUUUUAUUAAGAAUAUAAAAAACAAACAAUUUAAGUCAUUAAAUUGCUGGAGAAAUGUAUAUUUUCUUAUAUAUGUUAAGAAAAGACUAGAUUUUUGGAAUUGUGGUCUUUGUGUGUAAUACUUAUAAUAAAAACCCCUGUUCUUUAUUCUUAUACUUGUGUGAUAGAGAAUGUACUCAGAGAGCCUGGAUUGCAAUGAUAAACACUGUGGUCCUUGAAUAGUUUCACUAUAAGCAAUAUAGUUGUCGUAUACAGGAUAUUUGUGACAUGAUUUAAGAAGUAAAUCUCCAUUUCAAGGAGCUGAUCUAAUUUAAGCGUCUGCUUUAUCGUUUGGUACAAGUGUUAGGUUUGCAUUGCUGAGAUUAUUGGCUUUACGUAACAAGUGAGCACCUGAUAAUCUCUUCAAAUACUCAGAGAUUACACUCAGAGGGAUUCAUGUUGUCACCCUCCCCAUUCUCCGGCGCCGUCAGUCUCAGCACCAGCAAUCGCAACUUGUAUCUGAAACGUGUCAUUUCAGUGUUAUUUUUGCUCAUUCUCAUCCUGUUGAAUAAGAAAACAUAUAUUUUGUGGCAUUAACAGAAGUCUAUAUUUAACCGUUGAGUUCUCCUCUAUUCGCUUCUUAGUUCAUGUGUGAUUUCAGAAGUGCUUUUUCUGCAGGAAGUGAUAGAUGUAGCUAUAUUGAUCGCAGUGUGCCUUGUACACACUGUUUCUGUGAACUCCAUUCGUGUGCAACACAUCCAGUAUUGUCCGUUUACAAAUCUUAAUUUAAACUGGACAUCAGUAAUCAUUCUUUAAUCAAAAACUGUUACAGUUGUUUUGGCAAUAAUAAUAAUAUUCAGCUGAAGAAGCUUAAUAUUAAUGCUGUAUAGAACAGUGCUGUUGGAAUACUAAUCACAGUAUCUGAACAUGUUCAAUAAUGUAAUGUUGACAUAUCAGUGCUUUUGUGUGUUGUGGGCAUAACUGGCAAUUGGUUUACACUCACUUCACUUAUGGGGUAGCAAUACAAUAACUUUUAAAAACGUACCAAACUAAACUUUAUGCUAUGCAUUGGACAUUACAUUACACGUAAUUUGUUAGACGCUUUUAUCCAAAGCGACUUACAUACAUUCAGUACUGUGGGCAAUACCCACAGGAACAAUUUGGGGUGAAGUGUCUUGCCCAGGGCAGGGACACAACGACAUGCUGACUGCAGUGGGACUCGACAUCCACAUUUACUGGGUUUAAUACCAAAAUUCAAAGCUAAACUGUAACUUCUGGUUUGCCUGUUUGAACCUGUCACUCUUUGAUCCAGUAUUUGAUGUUGAUCUGGUCGUAGACUUGCAUAGACGUAGCUGUGACUGGAGUUUGUCAGUGGAAGCUCAGUGCGAGUCUUUGUCCUGUUACCAACCCAGUACCUGUACCUCUGUGUUCCAGGUAAUGUGUUAUCUGGUCAUUCUCGUAGGUCUUUUUGUACUGCAAGUUAUUUGUAACAUGAUAUAGACUAUUGGUGCACAUCAUGCUUUGAUAUUUUCUAUUUUCAUACAGAAGUAUGUACAGUUUCUUUUGUAUGUGUGGCAUCUUUUUUUCUCUUUUUUUUGUGCAUGAAAUGCGUAAGACGUCACAGAGAGAAGGUGUGUUUGCAUAUAAUUGCAUUUGGUACUAUAUAGUCUAUCCAAUAAACAACUGUUAUAUUUCAUAUAAUGUAUAUUUUAUUUUCAAGAAGUUAUACUACAUAUUUAAAACAGAACAAGGUAUUUUUAGAUUAUUGUGAAAAGGGAACUGUUUUUGAAGGCACAAUAUUUGUCUAUAUUUGAAAUGAUCAUUGAGAGUGAUGAUCAGAAAUAGAGACAAGUGUGUGCUAUUGUACAGUACUGCAGACUAUUCAUAAAUAAAAGUCUUUGCAUGAAA